CGCCCGACAAGGUUCUUCUACUCGAUCUGCUCUAGCGCUCAAACCUAGCAUCAUCUGGUGCGCUCGAAACGGCCAGUGCAAUAAGGUGGAGAGGUUACCUCGCUAAAAAUGCGACUCUUCUGCCUGUCCCUUCUCCUCUUCGCCGGAAUGUUCCCUCCGGGUGAAGUUGACGCCACGUCGCAGCCGGUGUCGGCGGUGACGCCCAUCGCGCCGUCGUACUUCCAACAGGCGAUGCAGAGCUGGCUGACCGGCGCCCAGGGGACAGUGAUGUCGCGCCUCCUCAGCAAUGGAACGUUCGCCUCCUACAACGCCUCCUUCAAAAACCUGCUGGCACGAGGCAACCUCAGCUCACUGUCCGAGGCCCAGGCAAGAGCCCUGCCGACAUCACUGUGGAACAAGUACGGGGCGUUUUCCCUGCUCACGCUGACGGACAACGUACGGAACUUGGUGACGCCGUAUUUGUCGCAGCGCGUCAGGGAUGAGAUGGACGUCCUGAGGAGAGUCAACGUCACCCUGCCUCAGGCCAUCGACAGGCUCAGGACCCAGCUAAUAAACACCAGCGCCUCGCAGAUGGAAGUGGGCAUCCUGCUGCAACAACUGGGAAACUCCUUUGCCUGGACGCCGGAGAACAUCACCAACCUGAAGCCCAUCCUCUUCAACCUGCCCAUCUCCAUGCUCACCAAAAUCUACGACACGCGUGCCAUCGCGAGGCUGAACGAAGAAUUGAAUCUGUGCAUGAACAACACGGGCAACAAGUCAGCCUCGUGCCCGAGUCAGGCCGAGUCUAGGGGCGAGGGGACAACACCGCGCGCCCAGUACAUGCUGUCGCUGCGGGCGUGGCUCAUCGAGAAGACCUACGGCGACCCCAGGAACUGGGACCGAGACACCUUCGCCAGGAUGACCAACCUCAGCAUCCUGCCCGACGCUGUCUUCCUUCGCCUACAGCCUGAAGUUCUGUUGACCCGCAGGGAUGAAAUUCUAACCAUGCUGCGCGGCAAUAUGACCAAGCUGAGGGCUCUUGGCCGGUAUGUUGUGGAGAAGGUCUUGAUGGCCGGAAACGUGAGUCGAAGCAAUACAUCACAGCCGCUCGUCUCGCAGCAGGAAAUAGAGAGGAUUAAGAACGUCACCAACUCGCUGCGCACUGCAGGUCUCAUGCAGUUCGUGUACUCCACUGAUCUGCCCAAUGAGGUCCUCGACGCCGACAACAGACGCAUCCGCAACGAAACCGACAACUUCACCACCGCUGCGCUGCAGGACGGCUCCAUCGAUGCUAAGGUGCUGGAAGCCAGCAUUCAGAGUCUGCUCAACUACACGCAGCCCCUCACCAACGACCAAAUCCGGAACCUAGGGAUGAACCGCCUGGCGCUGGCGUCGGGUCUCAUGCUCAACCGCACGCUCAGGAACUACACCAUCUCAGCUGAUGACCUCAGGAAGCUCACGACGACCAUCCGGAACACGGCUGGUAGCACCGCCAUGAGCAAGCUGAUGCUGAUCAAGAACAAAGUGUUCGAAGUUGCCUCUGGUGGAGGGACGACGCUGGACCUGAACGCCGUGCCUGACGAGCUCCUGAGCGUGGCGCCCUUGCAGUACCUCGAUGGUCUGUCCAUCACCAGCAGGAUCUCCGCGCUGGGCAGAAAUGCCUCCUACAACACGGCACAGAUGGCCACCCUCAUCUCAGGCAUUGGGUCGGACAGGCUGAAGGAUAUCUCUGGCAACGCUAAGGAGGCCAUCCCUACAAAUGUUUACAAGGAUCUCAGUAAGGACGCUCUGAAACCGGUGGCUACAAACAUGUCUGCCUCGUCCAAGAUUGGCCUGAUGAUAUCAGACAAGGCCUUCAAGAACGGGGUGAAUAUGAACACCGACGCCAACGCGGCGAUGUUCCUGCAGGCGGUGGACGCCAGGAACAUCCCGACCUCCAACAUCGUCCAGCAGCUCGAGUACAUGAAGGAUCGCUUCCCUACUCUCGAGGCGUGCCGAGUUCUUAAAGACAUCUACGUGAACUACUCGGCGACGGAGAUGAUGACGCAGAGUGAGGAGGAGGUCUUCCAGCUCCUCACGCCCGCCGCCAUCGAGCGCAUGCCCAUCUGCGUCGUCGCUUCCUUCCGCCCCGACCUUCUUCGGGGCCUGGACGACGUCAGCAAAAUAAUGCUGUUGGACCGCCUGGUCGCGAACAGGAAGAUGGCGCUGACCUACGCCUCCCUCGGCCGCUAUCGCACUGGCCUGUUAAUGAACAUUGUGUACGAGGGUCUCAGCGCUAAGGGCCUUUGGAGCGUGGUGACUGGGGCGGACGUGAACACGUACCGUGAAAUUCUGCUCUUCUUCCCCACGUACCUGCUGAAUAACGUAACGGCAGAGGGAAUUCCUCUCGCCCUCGACAUCUUCAACUCCUUUGCGGCAAGCGCCCUGAUGCCGUGUCUUGACAAUGAACGACGGGCGGCCAUCGCCAAUCUCAUCACCAAGUACAAAGGGGACGACCCGACAACGUGGCGGAAUAUGUCGGGGCUGUGUUGCCUGCUGUACACGCUGCCGUCGGGGACGCUGAGCCGCAUCCCCCGCGGGGCCCUCAUGUCCUGUCGCUGCCCCAUCGCCGACCGCGCCCAGUACGCCCCAGACGACGAGGCCCGCCAGUACGAGUGCCGUGCUGUCCUCGGCAGCGACUACGACGACGAGCUCAGGCAACGCGAAAACGUGCGUCGGUUGCAGGUGCAAGCAGCGCUAGACUUGCUUGAUCCCAGCGCCGUCCCCGGCUACCGCCCUAGUGGCAGGAGGAAGAGGGCUGUGAGCAACAUCGCGCUGUGCGAUCGCGCAUCGGUGAGCGGCGUAGACGACAUCACCACCAGCGAACUGAGCGCCGCGUCCACCAGCGACAUCAUGCAGUGCCUGGGGGCGCUGGGGGCCCGCUACAUGAAUGACACAAAAGCUCAGAUCCUGGCAAACAAAGUGCGAGAUUCCCUGACCUCUCGGUCGUGGUCGAACCUCACGAACGACCUCAUGCGUGACAUGAACUUCAUCAUGAAGGGCAUCCCGGCCAACGAAAUUCGUAAUCUCCCCUCCCUGUCUCCCCCGAAUGUCUUCACCGACACCGUCGCCGUUCUGGGCAAUGAGAAGAUGAACUUUUCCGAUGACCAGCUCCGGGCGUACGCUGAUAAGGUGCUCACGACAUGGCGGGAGCUGGCCGACAUGUCGGACAAGCAGCUCGCCAUGUACAACCGCCUCCUGUGCGCCGCCAACGCCUCCCUCAUCAACACCCUCAGUGCUGAGCGCGUCGGAAACGCCCUGACUUACCUCGGGUCCACCCUAGCAGGCUGCAGCAGAGAGAAGGUGUUGGCGCCCCUGGCAUUGAAAGCGACCGCUUACUACCCUCCUGCGAUGUCUAAAGCCCAGGUACGGGAGAUUGGUGCAGUGUUCGCCGGCAUUCCAUCCAACAAAACUCGUUUGAUCGACCCGAGCGCCUUCGCCGGCAUCCAACCUGUCUCUCUGCUCGCCAUGACCAUGGAAGAGAUAAUGGCGCUGAGUCCAGCGCAGCUAAGCAGUAUUUCGGAAGCGACUACAAUGGCCGUAUCCGAGCGCUUCAUGGGUAACUCAUCUACUGCUGGCAGUGGGACGACCAACGGCAACACGAUCAACAGAGGAAAUGGGACCGCCAUCAACGGAGGCAACACGAUCAACAGAGGCAAUGGAACCAUCAACGGCAUCAUGCCCCCCAGGGGCAAUAUGACCAUUAAAGAAAGACUGACGGCGGCUGCUGCCCUUCUGGACCGACUUUUUGAUGUCUUCUCCUGGUAAAUAAUUGGCAAUUGCAUCGUCAUGGAUGUCUACAACGCGGCAACAAGAGCAACUGCAGCAGUAAAUCCUUCUAGAUCCUAGCAGUAAAUCCUUCUAGAUCCCACCAGUAAAUCCUUCUAGAUCCUAGCAGUAAAUCCUUCUAGAUCCUAGCAGUAAAUCCUUCUAGAUCCUACCAGUAAAUCCUUCUAAAUACUAGCAGUAAAUCCUUCUAAAUACUAACAGUAAAUCC